AUGAUGGCGCCAUCAGGAGGUCUUCUCGUCCUUCUCGCGAGCGCAGCAACCUUUUGGGCGGCAGUACCUUUUGCGCACGUACAGCCCCUGUGUGCGCGUCAGACUGGGCUCGGUCAGCAGUACAUUUAUUCGUCCCUCAGUUUGGGGACGGACGUCAACCCUUACAAUGCGGGGCCCAUCUACGUGGACGAGACGCGGGAGCUGCUGUUUACCAGCUGGAAUGGCGAGACGCUGCUCAUCCAGCUGACGAUCGCAAACGCGAACGUGACGCAAAUGAAACUCGGCCUCGACACCGUCCGGGGGAUCUUGUUCGCCGGAGGAGAAACGGGGGGAAAUGCGUCCUCACCCGUGUGGUAUGCUAUUGAAUACACGGUUUCUCCUCCAAACAUAACUACCAUCACGAUGACGGGAACCGGCAACUUUACGGGCGCCGGCUCCGGCGCGCCUAAGACGAUCGACUACGACUCCGUCAAGAAGUAUCUCAUCAGCUCGGUAGAUAUGGCACCGGCGGUGGUUAUGAACUUAACCACCCUCCGGUCAGAUCCCCCGACCUGGAUCAUGGGCACCAAACCCAGUGCUAACUCUAGUUCCGGCGUAAACUUUUCCGGGGCGGUUCUCGACGUGACGCGGCGGAGAGGGUACUUUGCGGGGCAGCAGGGGCCGGCUGGGCCGAGCUACGGAUCGAUCAAUGUCCGAAUCGUGAAUCUGGACAAUAUUCUGAACCCGACCUACUGGACCUCCAUAUUCGGAAGCGACAAUCUGAUUCAGGGAGUUCCCAAGAACUACGCGCGCCUUGACGCGGCGACCGACCCGGGGACCAAUGUCUACGUCACGGGCCGCUUCCUGCCGGACUCGGACACGUCAGAUUGGGGGAAUCUCAGCUACGUUUGGAAGUUAGUGUCAUUCUUCAUGAAGUCGAAAAUCGUUCUGGAAUCAAGACCG